CGCUUCUAGAUCAGACGCAAAUGAAAGGUGAUAAGAAUCUGCUGGCAGAAGCCCGUGCACGGCGUGAUUUGCGAAAUGACCCAACCCUCCCAAGUUAAGUACAAGUACUCCGUACCUUGCUCCACACACUGCCUCGCACUACGAUCUCGAUGUUUCCGCGGUGAGGAACUUCCCGAGCAAUCUCUCUUAUCUAUAUCAGCCCCGUCAUCGUCAUAGCUACAUUGAACACCACCACUGCAGGAAAUCCUGCACAUAUAAAAAUAACCAUGGAGACCCCUCUAUCUACAGACGAAGAGCACCACGCCAUGGACCUCGAAAAGGGCUUCCGCUCCUCAGCCUUCCCUGUGCCGACUCGACUCCGGCUGUGGUUGACGUCCGACAUCGACACGAGGUGGGCGGACACGAUCCUUCUGGCGUGUUUCUUCGUGACGGGGAUGGUCGACUCCGUCGCGUUCAAUACCUGGAGCUGCUUCGUGGGGAUGCAGACUGGAAAUACCAUUUUCGCCGGCCUGGGCGUCAGUGAUCUGCCGGGCAACGUGCCCCGGCACACCUGGACGAAAUCGCUGGUCGCCAUCCUGUCGUUCUGUCUGGGCGCACUCUUCUUCUCACGGUACCAUCGGCACCUCGGCCCGCUCAGGCGAUGGGUUCUCGCGUCGUCGUUCUUUCUGCAGACGGCGUUCAUGAUCCUGACCGCGGCCCUGAUUUCCGGCGGGGUCGUUGCCAAAAACACCCAAGGGGUUGAGACCGGCGCCGACGGCGGACGGGGCAGCUUCCCGUGGCACGAGCUGUGUCCCAUCGCGCUGCUGGCGUUCCAGAGCGCGGGCCAGAUCGUGGCGAGCCGCGUGCUCAAGUACAACGCCCUGCCGACCGUGGUGUUGACGAGCCUGUUCUGCGAUCUGAUGGGCGACCCGGACCUGUUCACGGCCGGCUUGCUCGAGGAUCCGGACCGGAACAGGCGCGCCUUGGGGGCGGUGUUGUUGUUCGCGGGUGCCGCCGUCUCGGGGGCCCUGAUCAAGACCUCGGUCGGGUAUGAUGGGGCGUUGUGGGUCGCGACGGGCGUCAAGGGCGCGAUGGUGCUGGCGUGGUUGGCGUGGAGUCCGAAGAGGCAGCAAGUCCAGAAAUGAUCGACCGGGUCCAGUGUCAAUUUCCUUGCCCACACCGGCAAGCGUAUACCUGUCCAGAAGCUCGACGCCCAAAUGCGAGACGGACUACCACAGAAGUGAGAACCCGCGUUAUGGACCAAGUUACCAGUGUCAAGCGAGUCAGCGCUCUGCUUGUCGCGCCACGCGGGAUACGCCUCGGCCCGUCAAGCAAAACUCGACCAGCACCGAACUCGAAGCCAGAUUGGCCUCGCCUGGGCCGUGUGUGCUAGUGAGCAGGCGAUGCGCCGAGAAGCUCUCUAUCAGGGCUGCCGCUCUCAGGACUGCAGUGGCCCGGCCCUGUCGACGAAAGGGUUGCUACGGUCGCAUGGCCAGAGUGUGAAACUCUUUACACCUUGAAAGCGUGCCCACGCACGGUCCGUGAAAGAGCAUGUGUUCUCCGGCCGGAGGUAAAGGGCUUAGUGUUGAGUCGCCCCUAGACGGCUUGGAACAGGAAGGACCACGAACAUGUACCAUCCAAAGAUGCACAGAAGCGUCCUUUAGAAUCAUCCAGACCAUAUUAUAUCUUUUACAAAGAGCUACGGAAGAGCACCCCCAUUUCCCAGAUGGUGAUACCCUUUUCCAAUGCCGAAAUCAUUAGACUAG